GUCCAACAAAGUUUGAGAUUUGAAAUACGCCAGCGCAAGUUAUAAAUAUCCAACGCUAAGAUUAUUUCUUUAGUAGCGGGCCAUUGGAUAAUUCUUUCAAAUGAGUAAAGUCAAUCAAGAGCCGUUGGACGAUUACAAUCCUUUUUCUGAUCCUGUCCCAAGAUAUGAAUCUUUUACAACUGAACCUAACGAAUCGUCUCCAGAUAAUCGAAAUCAAGGUUAUGCUUUUGAUGUCCCCCCACCACCAGUACCGCCCAUGGAAGUGUAUCCGCCGUAUUCAAAAGCCGCUGUUGGCGGUGGUAAUGAAGGAGUCUUAGCACUGGAGCGUAGGCAAGCGGAACUUGAAGCUCGUGCAGCUGAGUUAGAUCGUCGAGAAAAAGAACAACAAGCGCGCAUGAAUUCAAUUCACUCAGGUCCAAGUCCACAUAAUUGGCCACCAUUCCCUGCAUUCUGUCCAUGUAAACCAUGUGUUCGACAAGAUUUUGAAAAUGAUAUCCCAUUCGAUUGUCGAUGGAUGGCUAAAAUGGGUUAUGGUAUUUGGUUGGGUUAUGCUACCUUGUUAAUAUUCAAUAUGUUUGGAGCAUUAGGCUAUUUUAUUGUUGGUAAUGGUGCAGCUGAAGGACCAUUGUUUGGUGCAUCAAUUUUAUUAAUGCUUGUUAUGCCACCUGUUAGCUUUUUCGGUUGGCAUAGACCUUUGUACAAAGCAUUAAGAUCAGACAGUUCAGCGAAUUAUUUGAUAUUUUUCCUUUUCUUUUCUGGACAAACUAUAAUCAUUUUGAUACAAUGCCUUGGCAUUGAUUAUCUUGGAUCAUGUGGUUGGAUUAAUGGCAUAAAAACUUUAAGUCAUAAUGAUGGUGUUGGUGUUCUGAUGUUAUUGAUCGCUACAAUAUUCAGUAUUCUUGCAGGAUUUUGUACCUUCUUGUUAUUUAAGGUCCACAGAUAUUAUCGAUCAUCUGGAGCAAGUUUACAUAAGGCUAAACUAGAAAUGGCCAAUGCAGGCGUAUUUGAACGUUCCGGAGGAUUUGGUGCAAUGCCAUAAAUAUUAGACAGACAGACAGACAGAUAAUAAUAAUAACAAUAAUGAACGGAACUACGCUCAAACAAUUGUGAUCACAUAAUAAACAGGCAGAAAAAAGUGUAUUCAUCACCAAUAUUUACACAAUUCUUUUAAAAAAAAGAAACCAAACAUAUCUAUUUACCCUACCCUUGAAAUAAAUUUCCAGUGAUAUCACUUUCUUAUUGUCAUUGUUGUGUUUUUUCCUUCUGUUUCUUGUGUUUACACUUUCAUGUCAAACAAACUAACUUAACUAAUAAAAUGGCUGUGAGAUUUUCUUUUUUAUUCAUCAUCAAUAAUCUAUCUAAUGAAUAUUGUUCUUCUACUUUAUAAUAAUAAUAAUAAUA